ACAAUCAGAACACUUGACUGAAUGGAGGCAAUGGCCAGCAUGAAGAAAACGAUGCAAACAACUCUUUACCUUCUCAUUCUCUCUUGCCUUCUUGUAGAAAUCCAUGCACAGAAAGAAGCAGAAGCUCUGCUAAACUGGAAAAGAAGUUUAAUCUCUCCCUCUCUGCCCUCAUGGACUCUCACCAACAGCAGCACUAGCCCAUGCAACUGGACUGGAAUUUGGUGCAACGAAGUUGGUAGCAUUACUGAGAUAACUCUUGAAAACACAGGCCUGAAUGGAACACUUCACAGGUUUGACUUCUCUGCCUUCCCAAACCUUAACUCCUUAAAUCUCAAUUUAAACAAUCUCGUUGGAGAUAUCCCAACUGGAGUUGGGAAUGCAAAGAAGCUCACUUUUCUUGAUCUGGCUAGCAACAAUUUCACUAGUCCAAUACCCCCGGGAAUAGGAAACCUCUUAGAACUCCAAGUUCUUCGUCUCCAAAACAAUUCACUCACAGGCCAAAUUCCAUAUCAACUUAGUUUUCUACAAAAGGUUUGGCUUCUCAAUCUAAGUGCAAAUUAUUUGGAGAAUCCAGAGCCAGUUCAUUUUAAUGGUAUGGCAUCUUUAACAAACCUUUGGCUCUACUUUAACAACUUAGAGGUGGUUCCCACUUUUAUCACCAAAUGCCCAAAGUUGAUAUUUCUUGAUCUGUCUCGCAAUCUGAUCAAGGGUCAGAUUCCAGUGCAAUUACUGAUUGGUCUCGAAAACCUUGAAUACCUUAACCUGACUAAGAAUUCAUUUGAAGGUCUAGUUCCAGCAGAAAUUGGAAACUUAACGAAACUCCGUCACCUCAGGCUUGGAAUGAAUAAGCUGAAUGGUACCAUACCAGAAGAAAUUAGGCUCUUGUCAAACCUUGAAACGCUUGAAUUGAAUGACAAUCUGUUUCAAGGGCCUAUACCAUCCUCAAUAGGAAACCUGACAAUGCUUUUGAAAUUAAAUCUUGCAAAUGCAGGCCUAAAUUCCAGCAUCCCAGAAGAACUUGGCUUCUGCAUCAACCUUACUUUUCUUGAUCUGUCAAAAAACAGCCUUACAGGUUAUUUGCCUUUCACUAUGGCCUCCUUGACAAAGAUCACAGAGUUGGGAAUUUCUGAUAAUCAUUUAUCUGGAGAGCUCCAUCCAGAUUUCCUAUCCAACUGGUCAGAACUCAUUUCUUUGCAACUCCAUGUUAAUAACCUUUCAGGAAGAAUUCCCCCUGAAAUUGGGUCAAUCAAAAAGCUCAACUAUCUAUUUCUAUUUCAAAACAAGUUUUCAGGUCCCAUCCCUCCAGAGAUUGGAAAUUUGUCAAAUUUGCUAGACCUUCAACUAUCUAAAAACUUAUUAACUGGUCCAAUACCUUCAACCAUGGGGAAAUUAUCUAAGCUCAUCAGAUUAUUUCUAUCUGAAAACCAACUCGGGGGAACCCUUCCUACUGAAAUAGGUAACAUGGAAAGCUUAGAAGAGCUUGACUUAAGCAUGAAUCAGUUGCAAGGAACUUUGCCUUCAUCGAUAACCAGCUUGAAAAGAAUUACUCUCUUGUUUGUUUCCUCCAACAAUUUCUCUGGAAUCAUACCUGAAGAAUUGGGUCCCAGUUUUUUAAGAAAUGUGAGCUUCUCCUACAACAAUUUUUCAGGAAAGCUUCCUCCAGAAAUAUGUAAAGGAGGGAGACUCAUUUUCUUCACAGCCAAUGAAAACAAAUUAGUGGGACCAAUUCCAAAAAGUCUCAAGAACUGCACGGAACUGAGAAGGGUUCGGCUUGAAAAGAAUAGGCUAAAUGGAGACAUCACAAAUGCAUUUGGUGUAUAUCCAUUUCUGGACUACAUUAACUUAGGAGAUAAUCGACUUUCUGGUGUGUUGUCACCAAACUGGGGGGAAUGCACAAAUCUCUCCAAUUUUGGAAUGUCUGCCAAUUUGAUAACAGGUAACAUACCUACAGAGUUGGGAAAGUUGCCAAAACUGCAAAAUCUCGACCUUUCUGAUAAUCAACUGGUGGGGAAGAUUCCAACUGAGUUAUUCAAUCCUUCUUCAAUUCUCUUUAAACUAAAUUUGAGUGACAAUCACCUCUCAGAUCAGAUUCCAGCAAAGAUUGGAACGUUGUCAAGGCUACUAUAUUUGGAUUUAUCGUCAAACAAUUUGAGUGGGUCGAUACCAGGAGAAAUUGGGAGUUGCCAGUCACUCAUAUCCUUGAAGCUCAGUAUGAACAAGUUGAAUGGCACCAUCCCAUUCCAGCUUGGAAAUCUUGCUGCUUUACAGUUACUCUUUGACGUCAGUCACAACUCAAUCAGAGGAAAGAUACCCCAGCAGCUUGGAAAAUUAAGAAACUUAGAAGUACUAAAUUUUUCUCACAAUCAGCUCUCUGGCCCAAUACCUUCUACCCUUCAAGACCUUGUGAGUCUGCAACAAGUCGAUGUGUCCUAUAAUAAUCUUGAAGGUCCCCUCCCAGACAAUAGGGCCUUCCAACAAGCUCCUGCAAAGGCUCUAGUAGGUAAUCCCAGUCUAUGCGGUGAAAAGGCACAAGGUUUGAGCCCUUGCAUUGGAGACACUUCAUCUAAAAAGAACAAAAGUAAAAGAUGGAAACUAGCAAUAGCGAUAGCGAUUCCAACCGUUGCUUCAACAAUUCUAUUGGCAUUGAUUGUAAUUUUUAUUGUCCAACGUUGUUCCAGAUCUGAACAAAAGGAAAAGAACAAAUCUUUAGAAGAAAAAUGCUUAUUCUCUGUAUGGAAUUACAAGAAGAAAAUAGGCUUCAAGGAUAUAGUUGUUGCGACAAAGAAUUUUGACGAGGAGUAUUGCAUUGGAAGGGGUGGACAAGGAAAUGUGUACAAAGCAGUGGUUCCAGAAGCUGAAAUCUUUGCUGUAAAGCGUCUACACCCAUUUGAGAAAAAUGAGCUUCCUGAGGUAACCCAAAUGAAGAACUUCAAGGCAGAAAUGCAUGCGCUUACUGAAAUCCGGCAUCGAAAUAUAGUAAAACUAUAUGGAUUCAGUGCCUUCAAUGGAUCCAUGUUUUUCGUAUAUGAGUAUGUAGAAAGGGGCAGCCUAGGAGGUUUGCUGCUGGGGGAGAAGGGGGCCAAUAUUCUGAAUUGGGAUAUAAGGCUAAAGAUUGUCAGAGGGAUAGCACAUGCUAUGUCAUACCUGCACCAUGAUUGUGUACCUCCUAUUGUGCACCGUGACUUAUCAGGAAGUAAUAUUUUAUUGGACUCAGAGUUUGAGCCUAAGAUCUCUGAUUUCGGAACGGCAAGAAUACUGAGAAAUUGGGAGUCUAUCUGGACAACUCCAGUUGGUUCAUACGGCUAUAUUGCACCAGAGCUUGCUUCUACAAUGAAGGUAACAGAGAAAUGUGAUGUAUACAGCUUUGGAGUUGUUACAUUAGAACUAAUUGUCGGCAAGCACCCUCAAGAACUCCUCUUAUGUCUGCAAUCUGGAGGAUUUGACGUGGGCCUUGAAGAUGUCUUGGACAAAAGGCUUGCACCACCAACUGGUCUUCUCAUGCAAGAUUUGCUCUUAGUCAUGUCCCUCGCUCUGGUAUGCAUACAUGAAAACCCUAUGGCUCGACCCACCAUGCAUCAAGUGUCUACUAAACUGUCAGCAGGAUCAUGUCUGCCUCUCUCCUCACCAUUCCAUACCAUCACACUGCGAAACUUGAUGGAUUUAUUUUGACAAAAAGACGCUCAGGUGAUAUUGAUAAUGUAUUUUCAUCAUAAAUAGUUUUAUAAUUCAGCAUAUCAAUAGUCUAUAUGACUACAUUAGCAUAUAUUCCUUUGUCCCUAAUAAUGAGAGCAUUUGCUCCUUUUCUUCAAAAUCAAAAGAAUAAAACUUCUUG